AUGACCGACAAAGAUUAUAGUGAAGGUCUAAAAGAUGAUUUUGAGGAAAAGGUCCUUGAUAUUAAAGAUGAAGGAAUCGAAGAUGAAGAUACAACAAGAGGAGGCGUAGAAGAGGACGGUCAAGAAAUAGAAGAAGGUAUCGUGAAAGAUAGUGUUUAUGAACAAGUUAUUGAGCGCGGAAACGAAGAAUACGAUCCAUCAAAGGAUCCCGAUGCUACCGUGAAGGAUAGGCCUUCUCGAAGUUCGCCGCCUAGUUUACGACCAUCGACCAUGGAAAAAAGAGAAGCCGAAGGACUUUAUGCUGAAGAUGAAUCUGGAUUUGAACCAAGUGCGCAAACAGAAGAAGGUGAUCUUCCGGAUACAGAUGAAACAGAUACUUCAAGAAGAGUAACUUCAUUCGUUUCCGCAUCUCAUCGAUCCAAUAGAACUCCGGAAGCAAAAAGACAAAGUGCAGAAAAAGCUUCUGCUUUACAUGAACAGAUUACUGGUUCACCAUUGGAGAUAAAUCAAG